CACCACCAUCGGUCCCGUCGGCUAUUUGAUCAUUCACCACGUGAAACCCGCACACCUCCCGAUCUCCUGCAUCUCCCUCUGAUACCGGCCACGAUGAACACACCGAAGCUCGACCUGGAGAGGAAGAAAAAGUUCGGGGAGCGAUCCUUCCUCGGUUCCUACAGCUCUCCAUCGUCGUCGUCGUCGUCGUCGUCGUCGUCAUCGUCGUCAUCGUUGGAAGAAGAACAGCUCGCGGGCGACGAAGAAAACGAGCGCGUGCGGCAAAAAGGAGGCGAGGAAAGUGACGGAAGGAGACCAAUGGCGGAGGAAGAGAGAAAAGUUCCCAAUGGAAACAACGGGGAGCUUCUGCUCCCCUGGAAAGCCGAGGCUCGAGAAGAAAUUCAACCGCGGACACUAAUCGAAGAAAUAUCGGAAUCCAAACAGAACGUUAUCAACGAUGCGAAAAAAGAAUGUCAUGAGAAAGAAAUUUUGGAUAGUCGUGAUUCAUUUGGUAAUUAUAACGUGAACAUGGAGACUGCAGCUUGCGAGAAAGUGGCGUUAAAAUCAGAAAUAGGAAAAGAAAAGAUAUCAGAUUUACAAGAAUCGAUCAAUGACAAUAAUAAAGUAAAUGAUUUCAAAAACGAGAGAACAGCUACCUGUUCGGUGUCGUGCGAUACUUCGGAUCUAAAACAGACAUUAGAGGAGGAUCAGAAACUCGCGAGCGCGAUUGCCGACGUAACAGACGAUGCAUCGAGCGAAAAUAUCAAGAGCUAUCAAAGGAAAAACAAAGACUGUCCAUUCGGUUCUAAACUUAGCGACAUUCGAGAAGAGAUGAAAGAAUUCUGCGACAGUAUGGAUAGGUUUGUUGACGAAAACAGGAUAGUGUUCAAGAAUGGCGAGGUAGAGGGAUUCUGGGGCGAGAGAAAGAUGGUGGACGAGAAUUUGCAGACUGAUUUUAUUGAUGAUAAAAAGAUCCAAGAAACCGGGACCAAGGUUUCCGCGAGCGAGAAGGAUGAAGCACUGCGAUGGUGGAGUACCAAGGAAAGAAAACUGAAGGUCAAGGAGAUCCUAAAGAAACGAGAGGAUGAAGCAAAGAGAAACAAAAUGCAGGCAGAAGAUGCCGAAAUAAAUGAAAAAUUCGAUCGCUGUUCAUCAAACGAUGGAGGUCAAACGACUAUCACAGAUGUUAACUUCCAGAAUGCCUACGAUUUGAUGACAUUAAAGACGUCUUUGACAAAUGUUCUUCCGGACUCGACAGAAACGUGUUCCGUAAAAAACAUUGAAAAUUAUGCAAGCGAACAAUCUAUAAAAACACAACAAGAAUCACGUGGAUUCUUUAACAGUCUUUUGGAUGAAUCGAGAAAUCAAAGCAACAUAAAGGAAAUAUGUGAACCGAAAGUUUCAAAUGAUUUAAUGAUUUUAGAGGAAAAAUUGAAUUGUAAAGAAUCGACCAUUGAUACAGAAAAGAAGAAUAUUUCUGUCAAUAUGAAUGAUCUGAUUGAUUCCGAUCGAUCAUCUUCAAAAUGUGAAACCAUUCUGAAGGCAGAUGAUUCUGCAAAAAUCGAAAUUUUGGAAGACAAAUUUAACAAUCUUACGCUUGAAUGUUCAGAAGGGAAAAGUAUUGAUGAAUCCGACGACGAUUCCUUUAAGACGGCAACGUCUAUUCAAGAAGAUUCACAAAUUUCAGAAGGCAAUCAAGAAUCAUCAGAAGUUUUAAGAUUGACUAAUGUAGAAAAUAAUUUGGACAAAAAUAUCGAUUCAAUUGAAAAUGAAAAUAUGGACGACGACAACACGAUUUCCAAGAAUGAAAAAAUCAAUGAUAAAACAGAUAAAAUGGAGAUGUUAAAAAACCUAGAAUUUUCAACUGAACAAUUUAAUUCUCAGAUAGGAUCACGCGCGCUCAUGCAAACGAUAGAUCAUUUAUCCCUAGAAAAAGUGAGUCAAUCUUCAAAACUGACGGGUAAAAGAAUUCGCGAAGCCGAGGAUGUCGCGGUCAGCAACAAGAAAUCUUUCCUUAUUGAAGAAACGAAUGCCGGAAGAAAGAUGGAGGAAUGCAAAUCGCGCAGCCAAAUCUCUGAAAGAUGUAGACAGCAUCUGAUACAGGAAACGAAGAAAUUCGCGAAGAAGGUGUCGCCGUUGAUCGACAAAUGCAUAUCGAAUCUGAUAAAAGACGCGGAAAAUGCAGGCGAAAAAGUGCAAUGUCCAAAAUAUCGAAGAAGUCUCGGAGACUUGCCAUUCGACUACGCUUCAAAAAUGGAUCUUAACGACCCCGCGGGCAAUUCUAUAAAACGAGACAAUUGUCACGGACGUAGCAACAAAUCGAACGAUGUAACACACACGUAUUCUGAAAAGCAAGAAUUGAUGACGAAACAAACGAUCGAUUCGGAAUUCGCUGCUUCAGCUAAUAUUUCUGAUAUUCAAUCGCUCGCCGAUCUUUUACGACAAUCCCACAACUCGGAAUUAUCAGCAGUGAAUGCCGAUGUAUCGAUUUACAAAGAAUUUUGUAAUCAUUUGCAUGAAUUAGAGAGCAAAAAGAAACUGUUGAUUAAGCCAGAUUUCACAAUGGACAAUCAAGAACCAAAAGAAAUAUUAUGUGAUGAUAAGUUUUUGCAAAAAACAGAAUGUUUUAGCGAGAAAUCAGUCGAACCGUUGAUCGAAAUGAUUUCUGAGUGUUCCACUUUUGAAGAUUCAGGACAAACUUUGGAGGAAAGAGAAAUUAAACAAUCGCAUAAUCCAGAAACUAUUUUCCAACAAAAAGAUGCUACCUUCAGAAAGUUGUCCGAGGAAGCAGUUGAGAUUGUCCAUAAUUCUGAAAAGCAUGCUGAUCAAGAAAGCACAGUUGAUUUAAAGAAAGAAAUGAAGGUCGAAACAUCAUGUACAGUAGAAAACGCAAAAUGUAAGGAAAAGUGUGUGCCGCCAGAUGAGAAAUGCAAAACCGCCGUGAUAAAUGUGAAAAAGAGUAUAGAAAUGCAAGUUGCACAGGAGAAUUAGAAUGAGUUAAAGUUUUACUCUGUUACUUUUAGAUAAACAAUCGUCAUUAGUAUACUUAACACAGAGACGUAUUGUAAAACUAGCUGAAAUGAAUCUACUAACGUUUAGGGAGCAGAAAUCUUUGCGCAAUCGAAGGAUCGAUAAAUAACAAAAUGUUCAUUAGUUUUAAGUUCGUAGAAUGUUCAACAUUUCUCUUGCUCUAUUUGAAAUAAAUGUGUUACCCUU